CAACAAGGCUACUUUUAGCCAAGGGUGGUUGAACCAAGCCUUCGCGGAUCAAGGUGGUUGUACCGUUGUCAACCGUAGGGCAGUCCGUGUGCGGUGUAGGAAUCUGGGCCCUAACGGGCCUCCGUAGUUGCCUUUCUAUAGUGGGCGGGGCCGAGGCCGGGGUGACCCUGCCGGAGCCGCCGUUGCCAGCGACAUGUUCAAGGUAAUUCAGAGGUCCGUGGGGCCAGCCAGCCUGAGCCUGCUCACCUUCAGAGUCUAUGCAGCACCAAAAAAGGAUGCGCCUCACAAAAAUUCCAUGAAAGUUGAUGAGCUUUCACUCUACUCAGCUCCCGAGGGUCAAUGUAAAUAUGUGGAGGAGCCAAGGACUCAACUUGAAGAAAGCAUCUCACAGCUCCGACAUCAUUUUGAGCCGUAUACCAGUUGGUGUCAGGAAACAUACUCCAAAACUAAGCCCAAGAUGCAAAGUUUGGUUCAAUGGGGGCUAGAUAGCUAUGAAUAUCUCCAAAAUGCACCUCCUGGAUUUUUUCCAAGACUUGGUGUUAUUGGUUUUGCUGGCCUUGUUGGACUCCUUUUCACUAGAGGUUCAAAAAUAAAGAAGCUUGUGUAUCCACCUGCUUUCAUGGGAUUAGCUGCCUCUAUCUAUUACCCACAACAAGCCAUUGCAUUUGCUCAGGUCACUGGAGAGAAGUUAUAUGACUGGGGUUUACGAGGAUACAUAGUCAUAGAAGAUUUGUGGAAGGAGAACUUUCAGAAGUUGCAUCUCCAGCUCGGACUUUUUAGUGGAGGAACAAUACAAUUUCGGAGCACUUAGUUAUUAUCAGCAGGACCAAAUCAAUGUUGUAGGUAAACAGUGGAAACUCCAGACAGUAAAUCAGUAUUUCUACAGAAAAAUGGCAGAGAAGUCAGUAUUGAAUAUAGUAAACUGGCCUUCUUCUUCAGGAAAAUCUAUAGUAGGCCUUUUCAUUAUCUUGGGUAAUGCCAUACUACAAGUGGACUAAGCUGAAAUCCUUUUACCUGGAGAUAAUGUACAAGCCUUAGAACUCUUAUUCUCAUGUCACUAUUUAUGUACAUAAUUAAAAUCCAAAUUAAAAAAAAAGGUGUCCUGCUUUCUUUACCGAUAUCAUUGAUAGUUUAAGCAUAUCUUGUAUUCAUAUAUAUGCAUAGUUAGUGUGCGUGGUGCAUGUUUCUGUGUGUAUGCAUGUUGUUUGCUAAAGACAACAUUAACUCUUCUUUGGACAGUAGCAGAGAGCAGUCUGCAGAGUUUGAUUCCCCAAACCCAAAGGAGGGCCGAGGAGAGGGACUCUAGGUAAGAGACAGUGCUUUAAAAAUCAACACAAGGAAAUGCUGGGGAGUGAUAUUGGCCAAAUUAUAUUGUUAUAUUGUAUGGAUGUAUGAAUAUGUAACAACAGAUUCCAUCAAUAUAUGCAAUUACAAAACACCAAUAAAAAAUGUGGAAGAAGAAAAAACCAACACAAGGAACAAUAAGUAACACAGUAUGCCUGUACUAAUUAGAAGACAUAACAGAAGAAAACUGUAAUAGUAACCCUUGUUGUGACUGUCAUCUCCCAGUUUAUACAGAUCUUCCAGAUCUUGAAUGGAAGUGAAAUUCAUAAUGAAGUAGUAUAUGUGCUCUGCCAGUGGAUGAAUGGGGAUGUGGCUAUGUGUAUCAGCUCUUUGUAUAGCUUGUGUCCUCCCACUUUGUGGCCCUUGAAUGCACCACAGAUGGAUUUCUCUGUUCCUAGAGCAAGGAUCAGCAGGAGUCUCUUUUUUUGAGUUGUCAACUAGCCAGGAAGGAUGGCAAGGGCAAUAUGAGAGAAUUUAAAAUUUCCAAAUUUUAGACUGUUUUGGAAACUGUAAGCCUUUGAUGCUUGUCUUCAGUAUAAUUCCUAAUUGUUGAUCUUCCAGAAUCGAUAAUGGUUGGGAAGAUAGCCAUGCACAAAUAGAAAUGCAUGUAUUAGUAUUAAAUACUUUUAAUAGAACCAAAAUGGCAGGAACACAGCUGGUAUUGUUACUGAAUUCAAUGAGCUAAAGCAAAGUUGUACAUGGGAUAAUCCUAGUCACCCAGAAAUCUUACUUUUUUGUGUUACUGGACAAAUCAUACAAAUAUAUUAAAGCUGUGCCUAAAUUAUAAAUAUGCUUUCUCCAUUUGUCUUAGGGUUCUGUCACUCUGCAAAGUGGAAAUUCCAUGAGUUUCUUCAUUGAGGUUGCUUGAUCUAUAGAAUAUUAAGAAGAAAUGGCCUAUACCUCAGCAUGCUCUGGAGAUGAUUAAUCAAUAGGUAUUUGAGUGCCUCCUUAAUAUACAAUAUUACUUCUCAUUGCUAAUCCUUCAGUCACUAUUGAAAUGUUUUUUUGAAACCUCUUAACUCCUCCAUUUGGUGGUGGGGUUAGGUAUCACCAAGCUCUACUAUUGUUUGAUCUGUGUUUAGUACAGCAGAGGAAUUAUCUACCAACACAGAUAGCUUAGUUACCCUUUGAACUAUUUUUGAUUUAUGGAUGGUGGCCCAAAGAUCUUUUCCUGGUUGUUUGUAUUCAAGUGCAGCUUUCUUUUUAUAUUUAAUACUUUCCAUGCCUCCUAUGUAUAUUAAACUAUAGGGAAUAUAAAAUAUGCAUAUUUGGGGUUGGGAAUGGUGGUGCAUGCCUGUAAUCCUAGUGGCUUGGGAGGCUAAGGCAGAAGGAUUGUGAGUUCAAAGCCAGCCUCAACAACUUAGCAAGGCCCUAAGCAAUUUAAUGAGACCCUGUCUCUAAAUAAAAUAUACAAAAAGGGCUGGGGAUAUGGUUCAAUGGUUAAGUACCCCUGGGUUCAAUCCCCAGUACCAAAACAAAAAACAAAUGCAUAUUUGGAGGCUAAGGAUGUAGCUCCGUGGGGGAGCAUAGACAGCAUGCACAAGGCCCUGAGUUCAAUGGCCUGAGUAGUGGCCCAUAUAAUGCACCAAAAAAAUAAGUACUUAAGUCCCUAAAGUGUUUCUCCAAUUCUUUAUACUUUCAAAGUGCCAUUUUCUCUCUCUCCUCUCUUGCCUUAUUCCUGAAUUCGGUACAUUUGUACUUUAUUUGUUUGGGGUGCUAGGGAAUGGGCCAAGGUGUGCUUUACACUGGGCUACAUCUCCAGCCCUUUUCAUUUUUAAUUUUUAAUUUUUUUUUUUAAUUUUUGGUGCCAGGGAUUGAACCCAGGGGCACAACAACUGAGCCACAUCCCCAGCCCUUUUUUAAAUUUUUAUUUAGAGACAGGGCCUCACUAAGUUGCCUAGGCCAGCUUUGAAGUCGCAAUCCUUCUGCUUCAGCUUUCUGAGCUACUGGGAUUACAGGAAUGUGCCACCAUGCCCAUCCCUUUUUAUUUUUUUAUUUUUAGCCAGGAUAUCACUGUAUUCCUGAGGCUGGCCUCCUGAGUUGCUGGGACUACAUGCAUGUGUUAUCAUGCCCAGUUUUAUUCUUUUUUUAAGCAUUUUUUAAAUUUUGGACACAAUAACCUUUAUAUUAUUUUUAUAUGAUGCUGAGGAUCGAACCCAGUGACUCCCACAUGAUAGGCAAGCACUCUACCACUGAGCUACAGUCCCAGCCGCCAGCUUUAUUCUUGUUAUUCUUUUUCUGUGCCAAGAUACUUCUAUCUACUGUUAUACUUCUUAUUCCAUCUUUUAUGGUCAUAUCUCCUUAUAAUAAAAACCAUGACUCUCCAUCUACUUUAUCUGCAACAUAAUCAACAUAGUUCUGUAGUUCUAUUUGAAGAACUUCAGGGACUCUGGAGGGAAUGUUAUCUACCUUACAAAUUGACUUAAACUCCUCUGAAGAGAUAAAUGUGGUUUGGUUUGUUCUGUGAUGACAGAUUCCCAAGAAAGAGUGCUUUGUAAAAAAUCAAGAUUGGUUCAGGGGCGGCGGUGCAUGCCUACAAUCCCAGAGGCUUGGGAGGCCGAGUCAGGAGGAUUGCAAGUUCAAAGCCAGCUUUAGCAAUUUAGCAAGGCCCUAAGCAACUUGGUGAGAUCAUGUUUCAAAAUAAAAGAUAAAAAUGGCUGGGAAUGUAGCUCAGUGGUUAAGCGCCCCUGGGAUCGAUACCUGAUACCAAACAAACAAACAACAUCAAGAUUUUCCUCUGCUUCAACCAGAGGAAAGAAAGGAUUAGGAAUACUAAAGAAUGCCUUCACCAAUCUUACCACCUUUAUCACACCUUGAGACAAAAGCUAAGCAGUAGUACAUAGCAGAACCCAGAGCCAGUUGAGCUGACUGACAGUACCACCCAGAGUUUAGGGUAGAGGUGUCUAGGCCUGUGGGUCAGCAGCUUUUGUUCCAAGUGCAAUGCUGGUACCCAGCCCAGUAGUGGCCCACAUAAUGCAGAGCACCUAACCCUAAUGAAUAAAUCAAUUAUGUAAAUACCCCAAAGAAAAUCCAAAGCAUAGGUGAAAUGUGUGUUUUGCAUAUACAGGUGUUAAAAAUAGGACUUACUAGAGGUCAAACAGGAAGUCAAUGAAUGUUAAAAUUAGGCCAUGUAGUGAGUAUUACUGAUUUUUAUGAGUGUGAAACUAUAAUUUAGAAUCCUUGACUUCUGAGAAAAUAGAUGGGACUUUUGUUGUCAUUGUCAUGUUUAAUGAAUGCACCUUGCACUUAUCGUUUGAGAAAAGCUAAAUAUUUAGAGAACACUUUUCUUUGUGGCCAGCAGUAUUCAUUCCUAUUGUAUAAACUGACUAAUAAACCAUGAGUAUGAAAGUUA